CCUAUAGCAGCAGAGGGAUCUACUCAGUUUACGUUUACCCUUUGGCUGAAACGGGUUCAUUCUGUUCGCAACAAUAAUAAUAACUGCUUACGCAAGGCAUUAUUUCAUGCCCGGAUGCUCUGUAAAAGAAUCAAAAGAAUGAUACAAAAACAGACGCAAGGGAGAGUUGGAAACACCAUAGCGCAAUGACACAACUGAUAUGAGUGAGCUACAAAAAAAAACGAGGUGAAUGUAUAACAAAAAUAAGCCACAAGAACAAACAUUGAUACACGAUUGAUAACAGUUACAAUCACUGCAACUAAUCAUUUCGGACAUAGUGGUGAACACAAGUGAAAACAAAAGUUUAGUUUACCACUGGUCAUUGACAACAUCAUAGCGCUACAGCAUGAAUCGAACAUCAGAAUCUGUUGUAUAUUUGUUAAUGUUGUCCGUCUUAGCUUCCAUUACUCAUGCAAGCGAGCUUCCCAAAGACAUCAGCAUCGACAAACUGAGGGAGCAUAUACCAGAGGGUUUAAUUCCUCCGGAGUUUCAGAACAUCACCCUACCCAGCUUAGAGGACAUCCAGAGGAUAAUAAAGGAAAAAUGCUCUCGCGUAGCCGGAAGCGACGCGGCGUACGAACAAUCUGAGCAAGCCGGUCAAAGACUGAGCGAAUGUUUGAAGGAUUUAGUGGACUUCAGCGAUCUGCAGAACGAGAUUCAAAAAGCAAAACCGACCGGCGAUUUGGACACAGUUUUCAAUAAAUAUUGUCGAAGGCGCACAACUGCUAUUGAAUGUAUUAACACAUUCUCGAAUGAUGUGAACGUUUGUCUGGAUGAGGAGGAGCAGGAGAACAAACGAGUUGUAGUAAAUAUUGUGCAUGGACUCUUAAAUUUCGUUUGCCAUAAAGAUGGUGACCAAAUAGCAUUAUUCAUUGCAGAAGAAGGUCCAGAGUGCUUCGAGGAACAAAAACAACCCUUAAUCGAUUGUUUCAAUUCCACACUUAGAGGCUAUUUGAAUAACACAACCGAAACGACUUCCCAGGGUGUUCCCAAACUGGUGAUGGGAAAAAAGCAGUGCGACGAUAUGGACAACCUGAGGGACUGUUUCGUUCUAGUGCUAGAGGAUUGCAAAGAAUCCACUCCUGCCAAUUUGGUGGAAUCGUUGUUCAAAUUCGUCCGAAAGGAGACUCCAUGUGCCAACUUCACAACGCCAACGACAUCGCUACAUCGUCGUAAUGCCAGUGGGAUGACCUGUGCUUCGAUGCACGUAAUAACAGCAACAUGGCUGUUAGCCUCGAUGGCCAAACUUUUUAUGGUCUGAUCAUGUAAACCGUUAAACAUAUCGCUACGAAAAGUCGAAGUUUUCUAUGCAAUGAUGUGAUAGAAAAAGCAAAUAUUUUUUAAAGAUUUACACUAGGGCAUUCAGGGAAUAUGUAAAAUAGGAACUUAUUCUAUUAUAAUAUUUUUAAUUGGUGAAAAAAAUCAUUGGAGCAUAAAAUUGUGCAAUUUUUUA